GAUAUCAGCAAUAUUCUCAUCACAUUGGAUUACGCUCAGUUUUAUUUUUGUCCAGAGCCAAUUAGUGGCCCCACCAGACCGCAAUUACUAUUACAACAACAAUUAUUACAACAACAACUAGUACCAACAUCGUACGAGUCGUCGGUGUCGUCGUCGUCGUCUUCGUUUUUGAAUAAUUUUUUAACAAACACCAACAAUUUCAUUAACAGCAACAUUACGCAAUCACGUUCACCACUCUAUCAGCAACAACAACAGCAGCAAUUACAAUUGCAACUGCAGCAGCAGCAGCAACAAGACUCAGCAACGCCGCCAACCUACUACAAUUACAACAACAAUUACUAUCUACAGCAGCAGCAGUUGCAGCAUCAAUUAUUGCAGCAGCAACAGCAGCAGCACUAUCAUCACCAGCAGCAGCAGCUGUACAAUCCAUUCUACAGUCAGCAACAUCUACAGUCGGCUGCAACACCGUACUACAACAAAUCCCUAUUUGGCAGUAGCAUUAGUCCGGGCAGCUAUUUGGGCGACACAGCGACAGCGGGCUUUGGUUUGGGCCUAAGCGGACUGGGACUGGGAGGAUUAAGUGCAGGCUUGGGUGGAGGAGGAGGAGGUGGUUACACCCCCUUAGGACGUAGCUAUCGUUACUACAAACAUCACGCCUCAACAGGCCUAGGAGGCAACAGCAGUUACAACGGCUACUACAGCCUAAGUUUCGGCGAGAGUUACUACCCGUUUCAAUCCAGCGGAGGUGGAGGAGCUGGUGGUCUAGGAGUCCAGGGAGGAGGUGAUUAUUUUGGUAGAAUAUCACCAGCAGCGGCACAUACAGGACCUUUACUAGCCACUUCGGUAUCGGAGCCACGUAGUAGUUUAUUAAAAUUACCCCCGCCACCACCACCGCCAUUGCUGCCGCCCUUAGAUGACGAUUUGCAAGUGAGUACCGAGCCCUACUUGUCCACUUAUUCGUCGAGGCCUAUAGAUUAUAUACCCUCACCGCCCGCCUCGUUGCGCAGCGACACCUACGCCUAUAGACCCAGACGUCAGCGUGACACUGGCGGCCGCUAUUCAGCCACCGGCUACUAUACAACACGCCAGAGAAGUCGCGGCUUCAGUCCCAUUAUAGACUGUGAUCGUUACAGAGAUCGUGAGUUUGUGGGCCGCUCUAGACUACGCACCAAUAGUUUGCAAAGCAACUGCAGUCUAGGCAGAUCUUCGUUUACGGCCAUUGAUCGGCUGUCACCCAUAAGAGUGGGUUCAUCGCCGCGCUCGCUUAGACGCGAGAAAUAUUUAUCUCCUUGUGGGAGUCCUAAAUACAGCAGCAAAACGUCGUCCCUACAACAGCCCCCACACGAAUCACAAUAUCAUACUCAAGCAUACGAUACAUCGUCCAAUACCGUAGCAGCCGCCGCAUCAGCCACCACAACAUCUAAAGCAGCCGCCGCUUUAUCACAUUCGCCGCCUCACUAUCAACAUAAUCCCUCCUCACAAACAACACCCCACCAUCACCAGCACUCCCAUCAGCAGCAUCAUCAGCAUUUGCCAAAACUGGAACAACCCCAGCCCUAUCAGCCCUACAACACGGAUACCGCCAGCACCAAUCCCACAUAUCAUACACACAAGCGAACACACGGACAACACGAACACGGCAAAACGUCUACAGAUCCCCGAGACUAUCAUCAGCAACCGGCCCAGCAGCACCAGCAGCAGCAAUAUCACUAUCAACAAGAUCAACAUCAGCUGCAACAACAACAACAACUACACCAGCAACAUCAACAAGUCCACACUACCAGCAGCACCAGCAACAUUUAUUCCACCAGAUCCACGCCCGGUAGCUGUGAAAAUUUCCAUCAUUUAGCUUCGAAUCUCACAUUUAUUCAGAGGCAUAGAAUGAUGGUGAGCAAACUGUGGAAGGGUUGCUUUCCCGAUGUCACGCCCGAGCAUGUGCAUCGCCACAAUUUCUAUCUGUGCCAGUGGCAGCGCAACACUCAAGUGCGCAUUAUCUAUCUGUUCUAUCGCUGGAUAACGGCCAUUAUAUGUUUGGCCGCCCUGGUGUGUUCCCUACUAGAUAUCGGACGCACCGAUGAGCGCUACGAGAAUCAUUAUGCCAAAUGGUGGAUUUAUCUAACACAUUGGGGUCUGCUGUUCUGUACGGUGCAGGCCUGGCUGGCGGCCAUGAUUGUGACGCAGGGCAUGAUGGUGGAGAGAGAAGACUUUGAGCUGAUGCGUCAGGCGAAAAAAUCAAAAUUGCAUCUUCUCUAUUGGGUGCUGUACACGUGUGCCACGGUGUACGCGUUCAUUAUAACGAUGUGUUAUUGGUUGUUGGUCCAUGAUCCAGAAAUACAUAAAAUUGACACAUUAAACAUCAUGGUACAUGUCUUAAAUUCGAUUAUAAUGCUUAUCGAUUUGGCCAUUGUUGGACAUCCAAUUAAGUUAAGUCAUGUCUAUUUUACAACUGGCAUUGGUUUAGCAUAUGCCAUAUUUACGGGAGUCUACUUUUUGGCAGGUGGUACUGAUAGAAAACUGCAAGUUGCUAUCUAUCCCAUGUUAGAUUGGACCAAACCUGGCAAAGCGAUAAUCGUUACGGUCUGUGCCAUAAUCUUUGUCUUCAUUGUGCACUUCUGUUGUUUCUUGCUGUAUCGAGCCCGUGUGUGGCUCUUCACCAAGCUCUGCAUACGUGGUUCACAUCAUCGUGAUGUUGAAUUUUGUGAGGGUCUAAAUGAGGACUCCUGUGCCCGGUUGGGUGGUGGCAGUAGUGCUGACUAUUCGCAUCAACAGCAAUUCCCCACAAUCGUGCACUCGGAACAGCCACAUCGUACACAUCUGACGGUGGCCACCAGUGCAGCGGCCACACAACAAUUAUCCUCGGAUCAUGUUUAUGCCAAUGCACCCAGUCAUCAUCAUGUGAUGGCCUCUCAGCAGCAACAACAACAACAGCCACACCAACACCAGCAUCAUCCCCAUCAAUAUCCACCCCAGUAUUCGGGUUAUCAACAGCAACCAGUGGUUGCGGGCGUUAAUGUGGGUGUCAUUAGUUCCGCUGAUAUUUAUCAGCAGCAUGAUAACACAACUAAACACCAUCAACAGCAGCAGCAGCAACAACAGCAGCAUCAUCAGCCACAACAACAAAAGCCAUCAAGCCAAGUAGUUGGUGCUAAUGUCGGCUCUGGUGGCGGCAACCCAUCAUCUGCCACGGCCGCCGCCUCAUCAGCUCUCUCACGUACUGUGGCUCAUUUAGAUGCUGCACAACGUGAACAAUUCCUAAAUCCCAAUCAAAUUGUGGAAUACAAAAUGUAAAGACGUUGUACCCGGCACCGAUAUACCUUUCAUUUGUCCAUGAAAUUUUUAGAAAAACACUGCAGCCAGUGUCAGGCCUAUAAAGAGCGCGCCGACACAUACGGCAUGUUUAAGGGGGACGACGAUAACGAGGCGUCCGAUUGUCUUGUGGGUCAUAAUGAAACGACAACGGAUGUUGACAAUAGCAGCAAACAGGGUAAGCAAAUUGAAUAUAAAGAUAAAUGUUGUUAAAAUAUGGCUUGCGAUAGGAUUGUAGAGGCAGCCAAAAAAGAAAACAAGGAAAUUGUAUGAAA